UCCCGUUCGGUCAUUACUUCAUCAUUCUUUUUGCCUAUUUUUCAGAAACUGUACGACGAAGGGGCGAGAAAUUUUUGGAUUCACAACACAGGUCCUUUAGGAUGCUUGGCUCAGAACGUUGCUAAAUUUGGAACAGACCCAUCAAAGCUUGAUGAAUUUGGAUGCGUCAGUUCACACAACCAAGCCGCCAAACUCUUCAAUUUACAGCUUCAUGCUCUCUGUAAAAAACUGCAGGGCCAAUAUUCAGAUGGCAACGUCACAUACGUCGAUAUCUACUCGAUAAAAUCGAAUCUCAUCGCCAAUUAUUCACGACUCGGUUUUGAGCAACCUAUUAUGGCUUGUUGUGGCUAUGGAGGUCCACCGCUCAAUUACGACAGUCGAAUCGUGUGCGGACACACGAAGAUGUUAAACGGGACGUUGGUGACGGCGAAAGGAUGCGACGAUAGCUCGGAGUAC